CAUCACCGGCACUCGUGACACGAUCCUUCGCCGGCAGCACCAGCUCCGUCGUUUUCCUGCAGGUUUCUCUGUGUGUGUGUGUGUGUGUGUGUCUCUCUCUCUCUCUUGAUUCCUCUCUGACUCUGUCACUCUCUCAAUGUCUGUCAUCCCUUUCUCCUACUGAUGCGAUCUCCGUGACUUCGUUCUCAAUGGCCAUCGAGACCCUCGUCCUAGGCGCAGGGCAAGAGGUGGGAAAAAGCUGCGUGGUUGUGUCGAUCAAUGGGAAGAGGAUUAUGUUCGACUGCGGCAUGCACAUGGGCCAUCAGGACCACCUCCGCUAUCCUGAUUUCUCUCUCAUCUCUAAAUCUGGCGACUUCAACAACGCGCUCUCCUGCAUCAUCAUCACCCAUUUUCAUUUGGAUCAUAUUGGAGCUCUCCCGUAUUUUACUGAAGUUUGUGGGUACAGUGGACCCAUUUACAUGACGUACCCAACAAAAGCUCUGGGUCCAUUGAUGCUGGAGGAUUAUCGUAAAGUGAUGGUUGAUAGAAGGGGAGAAGAAGAACAGUUCAGUUCCGAGAACAUUUUGCAGUGUAUGAGAAAAGUUACAGCUGUGGAUCUGAAGCAGAUCGUGCAGGUUGACAAAGACCUCCAAAUCCGGGCCUACUAUGCUGGACAUGUUAUUGGAGCUGCAAUGUUUUAUGCAAAAGUAGGAGAUACUGCUAUGGUGUACACAGGAGACUAUAAUAUGACACCAGAUAGACAUCUUGGAGCUGCUCAAAUUGACAGACUACGGUUGGACCUCCUUAUAACAGAGUCAACAUAUGCAACUACUGUUCGUGAUUCAAAAUAUGCUCGUGAGAGGGAAUUUCUUAAAGCUGUUCAUAAAUGCAUCGCCAAUGGAGGAAAGGUGCUUAUUCCUACAUUUGCUCUCGGAAGAGCUCAGGAACUCUGCAUACUGUUGGAUGAUUACUGGGAGCGCAUGAAUCUUAAGGUUCCUAUUUAUUUCUCAGCAGGUUUGACCAUUCAAGCAAAUAUGUAUUACAAAAUGCUCAUCAACUGGACUAGCCAAAAGGUGAAAGAUACAUACGCUACUCGCAAUGCAUUCGAGUUUAAAAAUGUUCGCAAUUUCGAUCGUUCCUUGAUAAAUGCUCCAGGACCGUGUGUUCUAUUUGCUACACCAGGCAUGAUCAGCGGUGGCUUUUCGCUUCAGGUUUUCAAGCAGUGGGCCCCAUAUGAAGAGAAUCUUGUUACUCUACCAGGGUACUGUGUGGCUGGAACCAUAGGGAAUAGAUUGAUGUCAGGUAAACCCACCAAAAUUGACUUGGACGAAAACACUGUAAUUGACGUUCGAUGCCAGAUUCAUCAGUUGUCCUUUAGUCCUCAUACGGAUGCCAAAGGAAUUAUGGAUCUGGUAAAAUUUCUCUCCCCCAAGCACGUGAUUCUCGUACAUGGCGAGAAGCCUAAGAUGGAGUCACUUAAAGGAAGAAUUCAAUCUGAAUUGGGGAUUCAAUGUUACGAUCCUCCAAACAAUGACACGGUCUCCAUUCCUUCAAUGCACUACGUAAAGGCAGAUGCCUCGAAUGCAUUUAUCCGAAGUUCCUCAAUUCCGAACUACAAGUUUCCAAAAAUUCCAGGGGGGAACUCUGAAUUAGGUGACGAAAGAGUAGCAGAAGGGGUUCUAAUUAUGGAGAAAAGCGAAAAGGCUAAGGUUGUACACCAAGACGAGCUUUUGGAAAUGGUAGGAGGGAUGAAACACGAAGUCCAGUUUGCUUACUGUUGCCCAGUGCAAAUUAGCAACACUGAAAGGACCUUAGACUCGGAGCUUUCAUCCCAAAACUUUGGCCUACACAAAUUGCUGGCAAAACUUUCAACUGAAUUAACUGAAGACAGCAUCCAAGAUUGCGGGGAACACCUUCAACUAGAGUCAUUAUACAUCUCUGUUUGUUCAAGGGACAACUGCACUUACAGAGCGACGGAUGACUGCGUUGGCGAUAAAUCUGCAACAACGUAUUUUUGCUGCACUUGGUCAGCGGCAGAUGAGAAGCUUGCCUGGGAAGUCAUUUCAAUAAUGAAGAAAUUGCAUGUUACUGAUACUUAGAGAUAUUUUAAUUCGUGGAGCGUAGUGGAAUUCCUGAAACUUUUUACCUUGAAUUUAUUGGUCCAACUAUUUAGUUCUAGAGUUUUUCCGAGGUAGAGAUCAGCUCCUAUUUCCAACUCACUGUUUUGGGUUAUAUUUGGUGUUCAUGUUAAGCGGAGCUAUGUUGGGGCCCGGCCCCCCAGGCCCGAUUAUGAGUUUUAAUUUUUUUUAUUUAAUUGAUUUUGAAUAUAAUUGAUAAUUAUUUCUAUA